UUUGGGUCGCGUAUGUACUUUUCACGUUAGCAAAUUGCUCUGUGGUUUGCUAAGGUUAUUUUAAAGCGUAGCAUUAGCUGUCAGUGUUUAUCUCUCUUUCUUUCUGUGUUUUUAGAAGUCACCUAGGAGCUAGUGUGUUUUAUUUCAUUUACACAACCCAGCGGAAAAGGACAACUUUCACUGUUCAAUCAGUUUAAAUCGGUUUUGUUCAAUGUCGCUUCCUUUUUAAGAAAUAAAAUGGACUGUCUGCUCCGCCUGCCAGUGUGAGGUGAGAAUGGAGAACUCCGGCUACGCUGAGAGCUUCCCUGACAUACACACAGGCACCAGCAGCGACGAGGACCUUAUGGAAAUCACGGGGGCCACAGUGGACUUCUCCAGUACUGACGAUGUGCCUCCUUUAGACCGGGACUACGGGUCAGGUGCAGGUGCAACUGGGGAUGGACUUAAUGGGGUUCCUAAGCUGAUGGAUCUUCUAGAUGAGCCUGUGCCUGGGGUGGGCACUUAUGAAGACUUCAACACGAUUGACUGGGUGCGAGAGAAGUCCAAGGACCGGGAUCGUCACAGAGAGAUUGCCAGUAAGAGCAAAGAGUCUACAUGGGCUUUUAUGAAGAGCAUCAAUGAUGCCUUCUCGGGUUGGCUCCUCAUGUUGUUGGUUGGACUGAUGUCAGGUGCUCUGGCUGGUGGGAUCGACAUCUCCGCUCACUGGAUGACUGAUCUGAAGGAAGGAGUAUGUCUCAAUGACUUCUGGUUUAACCAUGAACACUGCUGCUGGAACUCCAACGAGGCCACGUUCCAGGAGAGAGACAAGUGUCCUCAGUGGAAGACCUGGGCUGAGCUAAUGAUUGGCUCCAACGAAGGACCUUUUGCUUACAUCAUUAGUUAUCUGAUGUAUGUUUGCUGGGCCCUGCUUUUUGCCUUUCUUGCAGUUGCUCUGGUUAGAGCCUUUGCCCCUUAUGCCUGUGGCUCUGGUAUUCCUGAGAUUAAGACUAUCCUCAGUGGGUUUAUCAUUCGCGGUUAUUUGGGCAAGUGGACACUGAUGAUUAAAACAGUCACUCUGGUGCUGGCUGUGUCAUCGGGUCUGAGUCUAGGCAAAGAGGGGCCACUGGUCCAUGUAGCCUGUUGCUGUGCAAAUAUACUGUGCCAUCUUUUUACCAAGUAUCGAAAGAAUGAGGCCAAAAGGCGAGAGGUGCUCUCUGCUGCUGCUGCAGUCGGUGUUUCAGUGGCGUUUGGUGCUCCUAUUGGAGGAGUUCUCUUCAGUCUAGAGGAGGUGAGUUAUUACUUCCCUUUAAAGACACUGUGGCGCUCUUUCUUCGCUGCCCUUGUGGCAGCCUUUACGCUGCGCUCCAUCAACCCGUUUGGAAACAGCCGGCUGGUGCUGUUCUAUGUGGAGUUUCACUCUCCCUGGCAUCUAGUUGAGCUGGUGCCAUUCGUGUUACUUGGCAUCUUCGGUGGCAUCUGGGGUGCCUUUUUCAUUCGGGCGAACAUCGCCUGGUGUCGGCGACGCAAAACGACACGCCAGGGUCACUACCCAGUCUUGGAGGUGUUGGUCGUGACGGCGCUCACAGCUGUGCUAGCUUUCCCCAAUAGCUACACACGCAUGAGCACCAGCGAGCUCAUUUCAGAGCUGUUCAAUGACUGCGGGCUGCUCGACUCCUCACAGCUGUGCAACUACGGAAACGCAACCGAUGUCAAGAGCAACAGCAACACACUACCCGACCGACCAGCUAGCCACGACGUCUUCACGGCCAUGUGGCAACUGGCAUUGGCGCUUAUCUUCAAGAUGCUAAUCACUGUGGUUACCUUUGGCAUGAAGGUUCCCUCAGGUCUGUUUAUCCCCAGCAUGGCUGUGGGGGCGAUUGCCGGAAGGCUGCUGGGUGUGGGCAUGGAGCAGCUGGCAUACUACCACCAUGACUGGGUUAUCUUUAAGGGCUGGUGCUCACCUGGGGCAGACUGCAUCACACCAGGCCUUUAUGCGAUGGUUGGAGCAGCUGCCUGCUUGGGUGGUGUAACUCGGAUGACGGUCUCCCUGGUGGUCAUUAUGUUUGAGCUGACUGGAGGUUUGGAGUACAUUGUGCCCUUAAUGGCUGCCGCCAUGACCAGUAAGUGGGUUGCAGAUGCACUGGGCCGCGAGGGCAUAUACGAGGCCCAUAUCCGUCUAAACGGCUACCCGUUCCUAGAGCCCAAAGAGGAAUUUAGUCACAAAACCCUGGCUAUGGACGUCAUGCGACCUCGUCGCAGUGACCCCCCGCUCUCGGUCAUUACACAGGAUGGCAUGAGCGUGGAGGAGGUUGAGACUCUCAUUGCUGAUACGUCAUACAGCGGCUUUCCUGUUGUGGUCUCGCAAGAGUCACAGAGGCUGGUGGGCUUUGUGCUCCGCCGGGAUCUUGUUAUUUCCAUUGAAAACGCACGGCAACGGCAGGAGGGUGUGGUGAGCACAUCACGGAUUUUCUUCACCGAGUACACUCCGCCCCAGCCCCCUGACUUCCCUCCUCCCCUAAAACUGCGUGGCAUUAUGGACCUCAGCCCCUUCACAGUUACCGAUCACACAGCCAUGGACAUUGUAGUGGACAUCUUUCGCAAACUCGGGCUGCGCCAGUGUCUCGUCACUCAUAACGGACGCUUACUGGGCAUCAUCACUAAGAAGGACAUUUUAAAGCACAUGGCUUCAAUAGCCAACCGUGACCCAGACUCCAUCCUCUUCAACUGAAAGCCGGUGUUUAAAAUCUUACUUACUCUCCCAGGUGUCCUCUCCCCACCAAAAAAAAAAACUGUUUGAUUUGCACUACAGACAUCAGUGCUGGUUUCAAGAGUGAGCUCACACUGUGAUGACUGUUUUUAGUGCCAAGUUGGACACUCCAUGCACUACGGCUUAAUCAUGAAACCUGGCCAGAUUAUGACACCAAGUCCUGGUUUACAAUUUGCAAGUAGCCAGUAUGUCAUAACAUAUCAUGACUUUAUCAGUUCAUCUUGAAGGUAAAGAGUGGGGCGGUAAUUGAGAGGAUAUGCAUGCACAAUCCCAAUCAUAGAAAUGUCUUAAUGUAGCUAGAGUUCCUACAAAAUAAGGAAAAUUGUGUUGUGAGCUACAUCUGUGAUUCUGUAUUCAUCCUUUCUUUGAAUACAGUUCACGGAGAUAUGUUUGAAUACUCAAACACUACAAGCAAUUAAUGACUAAUCUCAGCUUAGUAUUUCGGAGAAAUGAGCUAAAAUUGAGUAUCAGGUAACCACAAGUGGAUGUCUGUGUUUGUUUGGGUCUGCACAAAUGUUCAUGUUCUCAUGUUCCCUUUUCCAUUUUGUGUUUGACAUCUUUACAUAGCUGCAACUUUAACUUCAGGUAGCUAAUUGUUUAUUGCAUUUGAACAGUAACAAGUUUACAGCAUUUUGAAAUAUGUGAAUAAGAUGAUUUUAGGGCACUUUCCACCCCCGCAAGGUGAGUCCUUUGGGGUUUGCACAUUCAAGCAUACAUAUAUAUAUAUUUUUUUUGGCUUUUACUCCUAAUGAAUCGGCGAGGCAGCUGAGCAUUCCACUUGUUAGAUUUAAUUGGCUGUUUUCUUGCAUAGCACGAAUUUACAGCUGGGUAUGACUGACUGUUCUGCCCUGCAGCUAGACCACUGUUGUAUUUCAUAUAUGAUGCCCCCUGAAAAUCUUAUUAGGAGUUGCUUUUCUUUUUUAGUUGCAAUAUUUGUUAAUUAGCGCAGCCUAGUGGUCAUGCAUCAACAAUAUACUUUGACUUUUUGUUCCUUUUCUUUAUAUAUUUUCUACUUCAGGUGUGUUUAGACAGCAUAUGAUCAUUUGUAGCAGAGUCCUCUUUACUUGUUAAAAAAAACAGUAAUAAUAAUAAUAAUAGAUAUUGUAUUACACUAUAUUUCUCAGGAUAUGAUGUAUGCAUGGUUGAAGACUUUAACCAUAUUUUAACCACAACCCUAAUCUCAGUGUUUAAGAUAAAACUAUUUUAAAAGAUACACAUCUUAUCCAAAGCAGUGUAUAUAAUAUAAUUUAGUUAAAUGGAGCAAAUGAAGGUGUAUGAGUGAGGAUUUUCCUGACAUGUUCUUGAUGGCUGCCAGGUUUUUCACCUGACACUGCUCUACGUCAGGCGCAUAAGCCAACUCUCAUUGUUUACGUCAUCCUCCAAAUACACAUUCAUACAUAUUGCUUGUAAGCUGUUCAUGUAUCCAUCAAGGGCUAAAGUUAUACUGGUAUUGUAUCCACAGCUCCUGAUUUAAUUAUCAGGGUUUCGUCUUGAAAUUUUUCAGAGCUGUAUAUGGAACCAUGUUCGAUCUGCCCCUUUAAUCGCAGCUGUCCCCUGCGUUCCAGGGUCAUACAUCAUCCCAUCCCUUUUCACUUACUGUGGGUCCUCAGAUUAGUGUGUCUGCAGAUCGGGAUUAGUCACAUGGCAGCUUCUUUGCCGAGCACUCCAUUUGGGAAGAGCAUUAUGUAUUUGUCAGGUCUUAAAUUUGUAAUAUGUAAUGUCUUUAAUCAGUUGUUUGUACAUGUUUAAUGAUCUGAUUCAUGUGUUUAUCAUGAAGGUUCAUGUAUUCUUCUAAAGUAUAAAUGUAUCAUUAUCACAGUAAUUUAUUCAUUAACACUCAUAAGGCAA